GCAUAUGUUUACGCGUAAUGUCCAUCAAACAUUUCAUCGACGUUUUAUUAAACGCAAAGAAUGCAUUGGAUCUUGCGUUAGAAACGAAUAAAUAUUAGUAAUUAUAAAACUAAUAAAUAGAAUAUUUGUAUGAUUUUUUUUUAUUUGAUGCAAUUGAAAUGUAUAUAAUUUAAAAAUAAGUAAUUUGGUUAAUAACUUUGGUUGUGCAAUGAGAUUUAAAGCAUUUUUCAGACAAAUGUCUAUUCUAGACAUACAUUUAAUUACAUUUACAUCUAGACAUACAUUCUAGUUUACAUUUAAAUUUGAAAUGAAUUUAAACUAUAAUAAUGUGAACAAUAAAUAAAUUACAUAGUGUACAUAGAUCACACCUCUUUAUCUGAAAAUAUUGACUCUCAAUCCUGUCAACACAUGAUGGCGCUAGAAAGUGAUGAUAAACAUGCAAUGAAAGUAGACAUAUACUUAAAACAAAAUUUGCUUUUCAGUGUUAACUGUAGCAUUUUUUUUUUAUUUUGUGCUAACAAAGCUUUAUUUUAAUGCUUUAUUUUAAAGCUUUUUAUAGCCUACACAGUUUUUUUGUGUAGGCCUAGUGUUGGAAUGACUUAAUGACAUUGGACAUAUAAUUUUCAUGAUAUCAUUAUUAGACACCCUAUAGACAGAUCAAAAGAAGAUGACGACAACAUCAAUAUUAGUAGCCUAAUAAUAUUAUUUUAUUAUCAUUCAUGAUCAGAUUAUAGUCUUCGUUAUGUCCAGCUCUAAAUUACUAAUUGUUCAGCUAGGUUACAGUUUAUCUAUCAAGUUAUUAUAAGAGCUUAAUAUUAUCUUAACAACACUGAGCCUGAAUUGUAGUUCUUUUUACUUGGAUUGCAGUCUGUGUGAACGCAUGCAGUAAAUCUUAAUUACCCGUAGAGGACGCUCUCGCCUCGUUCAAUCAGUAACUUCUGUGCGUCCGCUUCACUCAUGUUAAUUAUAUAAAUAAACUGAUCAUCAUAAUCAUGAAAAAGACGAUUUUAUUUAAUGUGCACAGAGCUGGUAACUUUAUGAUAGGCCUAACACACGUGUACACAGUUUUUCCAAAACUGUUUUCAGUAAGAAUGCUGUUCACCGGCGAAGGCGGCUUAAGGGUCACCAAAUAUAUGGCCUCAUUGCAUUUUUGCAUUGCAUUGAUAUUUUUAUUUAUUUAUUUUUUGUUCGUUUGUUGUUUUAUUUAAAUGAUAUUCAACCCUAUAUAAUAAUACUUGCCUCCAAAAUGCCUACAGUAAUUCCAGUUGAAUCAUGAUUCAAAUUAUUAACAAUCUAAAAAGAAAACGUUUAUUCGAUCUUUCGACGACAACAAGUAAAAAAACUACCUGUUAUAUAGCAUGACUUUAAUAGGACUGACGUAAAUACAUUUUUAACGAAAUUUACUAAUGACACCGCAAUGUGAUUUGACCAAUAUAAAAAUCUAAAUAGCCUUUAUAUGGUUCCCAAUAUAAUACAGGGCUAUGUAAUAAUAUUUUGCUUACGUAACAGAUUAUUAUGCUAUAAACAAUUGUAAUAUUUACUAAAUAGAUUUUAAUAUUACGAUGCAAAUGCUCAGCACAUACUUUGUUUGUAUUUAUCCUUUAUGCCUUUAUUUUUCGUGUUAUAAAUAAAGUAGGCUGUUUAUCCUGCGCAAUUUCAUCUCCCAAACAAAUAUUCUGUUAAAAUAUGCCGAAAUGCUAUUUAUUUCUAAUUAUAGCCUAUUUAAAAAAUAACUUUGAGAGAAGUGUAUUAAAAGUGUCAACGUUGACUUCGCAAUGCUCUUGUCAUCAUAAACUACCUUAGCGCUACGGCCUUCGUGGGCACCGUUUGAACUAAAUCCGUGUUCCUUUGUGUUAAUGGUCCGUCCUCAUUUGCCACCUAAUUGGACUAUAUAAGACCAAUAACAUGAGAGAAUUCUUAUCCCAGCAGCCAACGCGAAGAGUCUGGGAGGCCCCUCCUCUCUCUCGACUCCCCACUUCCCAUCUCUCCCUUCAUCCCAUUUGCUAUUGUACGUGCCCAAUCGCCGUAUACUUUCUGCAUUUAACUCGGGUGACAUUUUUAUUUCAUCAUUAGCAUCUGGCGCCAGACGGACGCGGUGAGCAUCAUUUUCACCAAGAAACUCUCGGAAGAUGAUCAGCAAGAUUAAUAUUGUUUAUCUCGCCUCGUGUUAUUGUCUUUCUUUCUAACGUCAGUGCUGACUGCGUAAGCCAAUUUCCAGUACUGGAAAAGUUUCACACGGACCUUCAAACUCUUAACAGAUUUUUAAAAGAUUUUUCAACGGUUUUCCACUGUGGUCAAAAGUACCAGAGCCCUAACUUUCCAGCCAACAUGCCCGAAACAACACAGGAUACAUGCGGUUCAGCGAAAGAUUCUCCAUUUUUUAUUAAAAAUCUUCUAAACUCCGACAGUAAACCAUCAAAGCCUAAACCUAUUUUGGCAUCAACUAAAGCGGCAAUUGAUGGCAGCUUCUCGCUUUCUCAAGUUGGGGAAUUCAACUUUCCUCGCUUUGAGUUGCCGACCCAGCGCUUUGCGUUACCGGCUUACCUCGAGCGCGCGUCUGCAUGGUGGUACCCCUACACACUCAGUGCCUCUGCGCAUCUCCACAGAACAGAAGCACAGAAAGUGAGAGACUCAUCUCCGAUCGAAUGCACCGACAGAGAUUCACCCGAGCUUGUGCUCAAAUCAGACCCGGACGCCAAAGACGACGAAGAUGAUAACAAAAGCGGAGACGAAAUUGUCUUAGAGGAAAGCGACACCGAAGAGGCCAAAAAAGAAGGCAGCGUGGACGACUGGAAGAAGAGUGACGAUGGCGCAGACAAGAAGACUUGUCGAAAAAAGAAAACGCGCACGGUGUUCUCGCGGAGUCAGGUGUUCCAGCUGGAGUCCACAUUUGACAUGAAACGCUACCUCAGCAGCUCAGAGCGCGCGGGCCUGGCUGCCUCCCUUCAUCUUACAGAGACUCAAGUUAAAAUAUGGUUUCAGAACCGCAGAAACAAGUGGAAACGACAACUGGCAGCAGAGCUGGAGGCAGCCAAUUUGAGUCACGCGGCUGCGCAAAGGAUUGUGAGAGUACCCAUCCUGUAUCACGAGAACUCGGCAUCCGAGAGCUCCAGUACACCGGGCAACGUGCCCGUAUCCCAGCCGCUGCUCACUUUCCCUCAUCCGGUUUACUACUCUCAUCCCAUCGUCACCUCCGUGCCGCUCCUUAGACCAGUUUGAGACGACGAGAGAUGACUUUUUAUAUGUAACUAUGUAUCUAAUACAAUUUUACAAAGACUUAAAGACUUGAAAAAAGAGAAAGAAAAGAGGGAAGUGAAACCAAGCUGAACCAAGAGACAUUUUGUUUGCUAUUUUGUUUAAAAAAUAAUUUAAAAAAGAAAAAAAUGUACACUGUCAUGCAUUUGCGCCCAACAUACUUAUACAACUCAAAGACAUAAAAUGAAACAUAAGACGAUGAUUGUUAGAGGCCUACAUUUCGGAUGUUGAAUUUUGGUGGUGAAUUAUGACUUAGUUAAUUUACUGUCACUAUUAUUAUUAUUAUUAUUAUGAUACAGGUCUUUCAAACGCGUCUCACUUUCUAUAAAUAUAAUUCACAAAUUAAGAAGUAUUUAUACUCAUGGUUUUGUUAAAACACCGAAAAAUAUCCAGCAGCCUGAACCACGGAUGUGCAAUACUACUGUGUACUACUGUAUAUUUACACAAAAUAUUCUUUUGAGAUUCAAUCAUUCUUUUAGACACAUUUAUUAGGACAGGAAGAUAAAACUAUUUGAAAAGUAUCAACCACUGAAAACUAGUUUUGUGUCCUUGGUCCCGCGCUUUCAAUGGACAAUCACAUGCUGUUUACUUGACAGAAUUUGCAGACGGUACACACACACACACACAUACAAAUUAAACAUUUACUUAUAUUAUUUACAGAUGUAUACAUGUACAGAGAUAUAACGAACCAAAAUGAGCAAAGGAGUCAUUUGUACAGUAAUACCUUUUUUUACACUGUAUUGCAAAAUUUUGUUGUGAAAUAAAUGGAAACUAUAAAAGUCUGUAAAAUGUCUGAAGUGAUUAACCUUGUGAUUGAAGAGUUGAAGUGAGGGUUUGGUGGAAAGUCGCUUUGAUAUUUAAAAAUUUGAUGGUGAUUAAAAAUAUAGAGAGACCGGCAGCAUCCGUCGCAAGAGUAUUAAUAAGAUAUAAGAUAUGAUUUCGAGUAAAUGCAACAGGCCGAAGAUAAGAAUCAAGAGAGAAUAAAUCAACAUGACAAAUAAUUUCGCGAAACCUUUAUACAAUGUUUUUAGUUAGAAAAGUUAUAUUGUAAUCAUUUAAAUUGUGUGGAGGUAAUUCUGUUUGUGUCAACACUUCAAAAUAUACUGUUGUAAAUACAAAUAUUUUAAUAAUUUAUUAAUUUAACCGACAGGUUUUGUAAUUAAUAAAUUAAUUAAGACGUGUAUUUAUUUUUAUCAACACCACUAAAUGUAAAAAAAAAUUAUUAUUGUUUUUACCUUACAGCCUUAAAUGUAAACGACAGUUUGCCAAUUCAACCUUGCAGCAAUACAGGAAUUGUUUCACUUAAGCCUCAACAAGCUGAAAUACCCAUUACCAUCUCAAUCACAAGCAGGUGCACCUUUAAAUCUGGUGGACUCAACAAGCGAUGUUUUGCUAAAUGGCGUUGUCAGUAAAACAGUAUAAUUAUUGGUGAG